AUGGCUGAAACUGGGGCCAAAGACCCAAAUGUGGAGGAACAGGAAAAGGGUGAGGAACAGCCAGAGGAGGAAGAGGAAGAAUGCUGUAUCUGCACUGAGCCUUGUGGGUCUGGUGAGCUACUGUCCCUGCUGAACUGUGGUCACAGUCUCUAUGUGGGCUGCAUGUACCAGCUGUUAGGCAUGACCCCAAGAGCUGACCUGGGCUAUGUGUGCUAUCCACUGUGUCAUCUGACACCCAUGCUAGAGUGGAAGAUCUGUCAGCUGCAGGAGGAACUGCUUCGAGCUGAUGCUCCAGUACUCAUUGCCUACUGCAUUCACCACACCCCUGAGCCUGGGCCCUGGGAGUCCUUAGAGCACCAGUACUGAAUGUGCUUCCUGGCAGGGCCUGUGGGGGAACAGAGUUGUCUCCCCUUCCUGCCCUGCCCUCCCAGGCUAGGUAUCUGGCUGUGGACAUUGCAGGAACAUGGUACUUGUGCCUGGUGCCUGUCACUGGUGAGUCUGCUGGCACUUGAACUGCUGGGGCUGGUACUCAUUUUCAUGCCACCGAUUUUACUAGGGGUGCUCUUCAUGCUCCUAGACCAUUCCAGCCACUGAACAGGGCCCAGGAUGUUGGCCAAGCUUUGAAGGCCAUGCUCAGAUCUGCUAAUCACCAAUACCAAGACCAGAUCUGCCCAAGAGCCUGAGCCAGCCAGAGUGCUUACACACCCCUGUAGUCCAGAUACAAUCUAAAGCUGAGGAUGGCCUCUGAAGGACACUGGCUCAGAAGGAAGGAUAGUGAAUAGAAUCCCAUGUGCUUACCAUGGACAGGCACUUCACUGGCCACAGGCAGAAGCAGGGCCAUCCACCAGCUCCUGUGAUCCAGCUGUUUAGGAUGGACACAAAUGUGAACAGAGGUCUAGCAGUGAUUCCUGGGAGAAGGCAAGGGCUACAGGAACUCUCACCUGGUCCGAACAAGUUGGUGGUGGUCCCUGAAGGCCACAAUAGCAAGAGAGGUCUGCACUACACAAACCCAGCCUUCAACAGCUCUUCACCCAAAGUAAGAUAGCCUCACUGGAAAGAGUAGCCCAGAGCAGCUGGGCUUUCUACUGCAAGGGCCAAGGACCAAUCUAGACCUUGAAGCCUGCAAAUGCCCAAGGUCCAGCUCUGUUCCUAACUGACCAUACAAUCAUGUCACUGGACCAGGAAUCCUCACUUGGGAGAUGCAGACAAUAAGGCCCCUCAUGAUUUAUUGGUGACACAUGUAAGGUGGGAUGCUUUAGACUGAGUGCUCUAACCAGCAUAAGAAAGGCUCUCAAACACUGACUGACACUGUCAUUACCACAGUCAUCUUCAUUAUUACUCCAUCUCUGCCAUCCAGGCAACUCUCCUCACAGCCCUUCAGUGAUACCUGUUCCACUCAGGCAGACCAGUGCCAUACAAGAGAUCAUAGGGUCCUUGUCCUUGCCUUGAUUUUAGCCAACUGUGAGUCUCUACUCAUGCUGUCCAAAGGCCAUUUCUACACAUUCUCAGCCAGAGGAAAUUUGGUUUUGUUUUUUUGUAUUUUAAAUAGGAUCUCACUGUAACACAUGCUGACCUCAUAAUCCUUCUGCCUUAGCUUGCUGGAACUACCAGUGAGCAUCACCACACACAGCUGAAGGUUUUGUCUGCCUAGGUGAGCCACAGACUCAUGUGCUACAUAUUACAUUAUGUUCACAGCCAGUCCCAAGCCAGUUCAUGCUUGGCCCAGCUUGGCCCUCAAUAAGCAGAGCAGGCCAACCUU